AUGGCGGCGGCGGCGGGCGAUCGCGCCUCGUCGUCCGGAUUCCCGGGCGCCGCGGCGGCGAGCCCCGAGGCGAGCGGCGGCGGCGGUGCUCUCCAGGGAAGCGGCGCGCCCGCAGCGGGCGCGGGGCUCCUGCGGGAGACUGGCAGCGCGGGCCGCGAGCGCGCGGACUGGCGGCGGCGGCAGCUGCGCAAAGUGCGGAGCGUGGAGCUGGACCAGCUGCCGGAGCAGCCGCUCUUCCUCACCGCCUCGCCGCCCUGCCCAUCGACUUCCCCGUCGCCGGAGCCCGCGGACGCGGCUGCGGGAGCGAGCGGCUUCCAGUCCGCGGCGGGACCGCCACCCCCCGGAGCGGCGAGUCGCUGCGGCUCCCACUCUGCCGAGCUGGCGGCCGCGCGGGACAGCGGCGCCCGGAGCCCCGCGGGGGCCGAGCAGCCCUCUGCAGCGGCCCCCUCCGGCCGAGAGAUGGAAAAUAAAGAAACCCUCAAAGGACUGCACAAGAUGGACGAUCGCCCAGAGGAGCGAAUGAUCCGGGAGAAGCUCAAGGCCACAUGCAUGCCUGCCUGGAAGCACGAGUGGUUGGAAAGGCGGAACAGGAGAGGCCCUGUGGUGGUGAAACCAAUCCCUAUUAAAGGAGAUGGAUCUGAAAUGAAUAACUUGACAGCAGAGCCCCAAGGAGAGGGCCAGGCAGGCUCUGCUGCACCAGCCCCCAAGGGCCGACGCAGCCCAUCUCCUGGCAGCUCCCCAUCAGGGCGCUCAGUGAAGCCGGAAUCCCCAGGAGUGAGACGGAAACGAGUGUCCCCUGUGCCUUUCCAGAGUGGCAGAAUCACACCACCCCGAAGAGCCCCGUCACCAGAUGGCUUCUCACCGUACAGCCCAGAGGAGACCAGCCGCCGUGUGAACAAAGUGAUGAGGGCCAGGCUGUACCUCCUGCAGCAGAUAGGACCCAACUCUUUUCUGAUUGGAGGAGACAGCCCAGACAAUAAAUACCGGGUGUUUAUUGGACCACAGAACUGCAGCUGUGGGCGUGGGACGUUCUGUAUCCACCUCUUGUUUGUCAUGCUCCGCGUGUUUCAGCUAGAACCCUCUGACCCCAUGUUAUGGAGAAAAACUUUAAAAAAUUUUGAGGUUGAGAGUUUGUUCCAGAAAUACCACAGUAGGCGUAGCUCUCGAAUCAAAGCUCCAUCCCGGAACACCAUCCAGAAGUUUGUGUCACGCAUGUCAAAUUGUCACACAUUGUCAUCGUCUAGCACAUCCACAUCUAGUUCAGAAAACAGCAUCAAGGAUGAAGAGGAGCAGAUGUGUCCCAUCUGCUUGUUGGGCAUGUUGGAUGAGGAGAGCCUGACUGUGUGUGAAGAUGGCUGCAGGAACAAGCUGCACCACCACUGCAUGUCAAUCUGGGCAGAAGAAUGUAGAAGAAAUAGAGAGCCUUUAAUAUGUCCCCUUUGUAGAUCUAAGUGGAGAUCCCAGGACUUCUACAGCCAUGAGUUAUCAAGCCCCGUGGAUUCCCCUGCCUCCCUGCGAGCUGUCCAGCAGCCAACCUCCCCGCAGCAGCCUGUGGCUGGAUCACAACGGAGGAAUCAGGAAAGCAAUUUUAACCUUACUCACUUUGGAACCCAGCAGAUUCCUCCUGCUUACAAAGAUUUAGCCGAGCCAUGGAUUCAGGUGUUUGGAAUGGAACUCGUUGGCUGCUUAUUCUCUAGAAACUGGAACGUAAGGGAGAUGGCCCUUAGGCGUCUUUCCCACGAUGUUAGUGGGGCCCUGUUGUUGGCAAAUGGGGAGAGCACUGGAAACUCUGGAAGCGGCAGUGGGGGCAGCUUAAGUGCUGGAGCAGCCAGCGGGUCCUCCCAGCCCAGCAUCUCAGGGGAUGUGGUGGAGGCGUGCUGCAGCGUCCUGUCUAUAGUCUGCGCUGACCCUGUCUACAAAGUGUACGUUGCUGCUUUAAAAACAUUGAGAGCCAUGCUGGUAUACACUCCUUGCCACAGUCUGGCAGAAAGAAUCAAACUUCAGAGACUCCUCCGGCCAGUUGUAGACACAAUCCUAGUCAAGUGUGCAGAUGCCAAUAGCCGCACGAGUCAGCUGUCCAUAUCAACACUGCUGGAGCUCUGCAAGGGCCAAGCAGGAGAGUUGGCAGUUGGAAGAGAAAUACUUAAAGCUGGAUCCAUUGGUGUUGGUGGCGUAGAUUAUGUCUUAAGUUGUAUUCUUGGAAACCAAGCUGAAUCAAAUAACUGGCAAGAACUCCUGGGCCGCCUCUGUCUUAUAGACAGAUUGCUGUUGGAAUUUCCUGCUGAAUUUUAUCCUCAUAUUGUCAGUACUGAUGUCUCACAAGCUGAGCCUGUUGAAAUCAGGUAUAAGAAGCUGCUGUCCCUCUUAACCUUUGCCUUGCAAUCCAUUGACAAUUCCCACUCGAUGGUUGGCAAACUCUCUCGGAGGAUAUACCUGAGCUCUGCCAGAAUGGUGACCGCAGUGCCCGCCGUGUUUUCCAAGCUGGUAACCAUGCUGAAUGUUUCUGGCUCCACCCACUUCACCAGGAUGCGCCGGCGUCUGAUGGCCAUCGCAGAUGAGGUAGAAAUUGCUGAGGUCAUCCAGCUGGGUGUGGAAGACACUUUGGAUGGCCAACAGGACAGCUUACAGGCACUGGCCCCUUCCAACUAUCCAGAGAGCAGCUCCCUUGAGCACACAGUCCACAUAGAGAAAACUGGAAAAGGAUUAAGUGCUACGAGACUGAGUGCCAGCUCAGAAGAUGUUUCUGACAGACUGGCUGGCAUUUCUGUAGGACUUCCUAGUUCAACAACAACAGAACAACCAAAGCCAACACUUCAAACAAAAGGCAGACCCCACAGUCAGUGUUUGAACUCCUCUCCUUCGUCUCAUCCUCAGUUAAUGUUUCCAGCAGUAUCAACCCCUUGUUCAUCUGCCCCAUCCGUCCCAGAUGGAUCUGUAACAGAUGUUUCCAAGCAUAGACCUCAGGCAUUUUUCCCCUGCAAAAUACCUUCGGCAUCUCCUCAGACACAGCGCAAGUUUUCUCUACAAUUCCAGAGGACCUGCUCUGAAAACCGAGACUCAGAUAAACUCUCCCCAGUCUUUACUCAGUCAAGACCCCCACCCUCCAGUAACAUACACAGGCCAAAGCCGUCCCGGCCCAUUCCGGGUAGUACAAGCAAACUAGGGGACACCACAAAAAGUAGCAUGACACUUGAUCUGAGCAGUGCUUCCAAGUGUGACGACAGCUUCGGCAGCAACAGCAACAGUGGCAACGCCAUCAUACCCAGUGACGAGACAGUGUUCACCCCAGUGGAGGACAAGUGCAGGCUAGAUGUCAACACUGAGCUCAACUCCAGUAUCGAGGACCUUCUUGAAGCAUCCAUGCCUUCAAGUGACACGACAGUCACUUUCAAGUCCGAAGUUGCUGUCCUCUCUCCCGAGAAGGCCGAAAAUGACGAUACCUACAAAGAUGACGUCAAUCAUAAUCAAAAGUGCAAAGAAAAGAUGGAAGCUGAAGAAGAGGAGGCCUUAGCGAUCGCCAUGGCGAUGUCAGCGUCUCAGGAUGCCCUCCCCACAGUCCCUCAGCUGCAGGUGGAAAAUGGAGAAGAUAUUAUCAUCAUCCAGCAGGAUACACCAGAAACUCUUCCAGGACAUACCAAAGCGAAACAACCUUACAGAGAAGACACUGAAUGGCUGAAAGGUCAGCAGAUAGGCCUUGGAGCAUUUUCUUCUUGUUACCAAGCACAGGAUGUGGGGACUGGAACUUUAAUGGCUGUGAAACAGGUGACUUACGUCAGAAACACAUCCUCUGAGCAGGAGGAAGUGGUGGAAGCAUUGAGGGAAGAGAUCAGGAUGAUGAGCCACCUCAACCAUCCGAACAUCAUCAGGAUGCUGGGGGCAACGUGUGAAAAGAGCAACUACAACCUCUUCAUCGAGUGGAUGGCAGGAGGAUCUGUGGCUCAUCUCUUGAGUAAAUACGGAGCUUUCAAGGAGUCAGUCGUCAUUAACUAUACUGAGCAGUUACUCCGUGGCCUUUCAUAUCUCCAUGAGAACCAGAUUAUUCACAGAGACGUCAAAGGUGCCAAUCUGCUCAUUGACAGCACUGGUCAGAGGCUGAGAAUUGCAGACUUUGGAGCUGCUGCCAGGUUGGCAUCAAAAGGGACCGGUGCAGGAGAGUUCCAGGGACAGUUACUGGGGACAAUUGCAUUCAUGGCACCUGAGGUACUAAGAGGUCAGCAGUAUGGUAGGAGCUGUGAUGUAUGGAGUGUUGGCUGCGCCAUUAUAGAAAUGGCUUGUGCAAAACCACCUUGGAAUGCAGAAAAACACUCCAAUCAUCUUGCUUUGAUAUUUAAGAUUGCUAGCGCAACUACUGCGCCGUCCAUCCCAUCACACCUGUCCCCUGGUCUGCGCGACGUGGCUCUGCGCUGCUUAGAACUUCAGCCUCAAGACAGGCCUCCAUCAAGAGAGCUACUGAAGCAUCCGGUCUUCCGUACCACGUGGUAGUUAAUUGUUCGGAUCAGCUCUAAUGGACACACGAUGCGCAACGCGCAGAGGAAAGAACUUGUGGGCAACCACGUUGAUAAUCCCUUGGCCCUCGUGCCACUGAACAGCUAGAAAUGAGGCCACCGGGGAACCCAUACCUAAGCAUGUGAUUGACAAAUCAUGACCUGUACCUAAGCUCAAUAUGCAGACAUCUACAACUUGUGCAGGAACUGCAAACUGUGCCUUUCACAGGACUGGCUCUAGGUGAACAGGAAGGCGAUGGAGUUUGCAUGAUUAAAUGACAGAAGCAUAAAUUUAUUUUUGGAGCACUUUUUCAGCAAUAUUAGCAGCUGAGGGCUCAGGAUCUAUUUUAAUGUGUCACUUCUUCCAUUUCAUCUAGUGGUCACAGCAGGGGCUCUGCAAUUCCGUUUGGGGUGUUUUUUGUUUUUUUUGUUUGUUUGUUUUUUUGGGUUUUUGGGGUUUUUUUGUCACUGGCUGUAUAAAAAAGAAAAUCAGUGUCUGGCUCUUUCAGGUCAGAGUAUGCUAUGAGUAGCAGUAAAUACAUGUGUUUUUAAAAGUUAAUAACUUCUUUAUGACCCACAGUUGACCCGUUUUUUAGCUCCUGGUUUAUUGUGGUUCAUUGUGCAUUUAACUGUUGGCCCGUUCAUUUCGGUUUUUUUGGAAAAUAUGGUUCUGUAUUUUCAUUUCACCUUCAUUUGUAUUAAAUAUUCAGGGAAAGGUGAUCUCUUCAAACCAGAAAAAAAAAAGUAGAAGUAGGUGUGAAAUAGUUUCUUAAGUCUGUGUCUGCUGCGAGAGCUCUGUUUUCUUCUGCUGUCGUCUAGUAAGGUUCUGGCUGCAUCAACUCCGUCUCUGCCCUCACCGCGCGAGUGAAGCAGAGACUCAGCUUAGAGUCUGCCGGUCUCAGACACAGCCCACUGGGCAGGGCAAGACCGUCUGACUCAGCUUAGAGUCCGCCAGUCUCAGACACAGCCCACAGGGCAGGGCAAGACCGUCUGAAAGUUGGGUGAAUUAUUUCGGAUUAUUUUGCUAGCCUAUAGGAAGUUCACACCAUUUAAACCUUCCUCUCUGUAACAAUCCACCACUCAUCCCCACUGAUUAUAAUGUAACUACUGUCUUCCUUCUGCCGUGCAUGGUGUUUUUAUUCUAGACUGGGCUGAUAAACUUGCUCAUCUACCAAUCGGUAACGUUUUUUAAAAAAAAUACUAAAUUUGCUCUUCAUUUAGAAAAUGCUCAGAAAGAAAAGUGAAGUUGAGUUUUAAUCACACACUAAUUCCUGGCACUUGCACAACGAUUUGUCUUAGCCUCAAGUUGAAUUCCGAUGCAUGGGAUUGUGAAGGAAAACGGUAGCCCUUUGUAUGUGUGUCUUUUAAAUCAAGUACUGAUUAGCUAUUAAAUGUAACUUUGAGAUGUUUUAACUCUUCAGAAGCCAGUGUGAAAUAGAAUUGGUUAUUCUCAAAGACUCAGGAUAAACUAAAUAAGCUAUAUAUAUGUAGUACAUUUGGAAUGUACAACACAAAUUGGAAGUAAAAUAAGUUCCAAGAUAAGUUUACAGGGAUAUAUUGCAGAUAAUUUUCAAAGGCAGUUUUAUGUGAAUGUGCUUCUUAGUGAAAUUUUACAUUCCUUUGUUUUGGAAGAUUGGCAAUAUUUGAAGAGUUAAAAAUAAUACAGAAAUGUGAAGUUUGGUGAUGCUAAAUGUAUUGUACUUGACUUUCUUUUUAUUUUUACUUUUUGACUACUUAGAAUUUUCACAAUUCUAAUAAGAUUGUUCCCAAGUGUCUCAUGUGCAAGCUUUAAAGGACACACUCUUGCCAUUUAACGUACUGGAAGAUCAUUGGUCAGAUCAGCACUGUCUGACAGAGAUGUAAACUGUAGAAACUGAGGGACCUCAGCUAAUCAGUAUUACUGUGUAGAUCAACAUGCCCGCCACAUUUCAAACUCAAACUGUCCCCACAUGGCAAGAUCCACUGUGUUUGAGUUUGUUUGCAGUUCCCUCAGCUUGCUGGUAAUUGUGGUGUUUUGUUUUCGAUGCAAAUGUGAUGUAAUAUUCUUAUUUUCUUUGGAUCAAAGCUGGACUGAAAAUUGUAUUGUGUAAUUAUUUUUGUGUUUUUAAUGUUAUUUGGUACUCAAGUUGUAAAUAACGUCUACUGCUGUUUAUUCCAGUUUCUACUACCUCAGGUGUCCUAUAGAUUUUUCUUCUACCAAAGUUCACUCUCAGAAUGAAAUUCUAUGUGCUGUGUGACUAUGAUUCCUAAGACUUCCAGGGCUUAAGGGCUAACUCCUAUUAGCACCUUACUAUGUAAGCAAAUGCUACAAAAAACAAA